AACCAACACCAACUCAAGCCAGAUACUGACUGCCAGCUAUUUUAUAACGAGUUUUUAUGGUAGUUGUGAGUUUACCUGGUGCUGGUGGGGCCUUACAACUUCUCUCUCGUCAGUGAGCUCAUGUACGUCGAGCCCGCGAGGAACUAAAACAUCUAUAGUUGUUAUUAUUAUUUUUAUUUAAAGCCAAAAAUGGCGUUAAGACCAUAGUCAUCUAUCCUCAAUUCGUCAGUGACUUAAAUAUCCAGUGGUAACAUCCCGGUGGUGAAGAUUAAUACAUACCUAAAGUUGUAUUACAUAUUUAAGAAACAAAAAUGCAAUCAAUGGAGCAACUACGUCCAGAAGAAUUAGUAGGGCUGGUAGCCCGGUCAGCAGAGGGUACAGCUGCAAAGGGUAUGCCAAUCAAGGGCAACGAAGAUCUUUGGGUCGAGAUUCAAGCGAAUACCUUCAGGAACUGGGUCAAUGAGCAUUUGAAGCACGCGGCCGACGCCGGAGGAGGACCGGUUUUGGACUUGGCGGAAGAUUUUCGCGACGGAACGCGUCUCUGCGCUCUCGUCGAAGUCCUCACCAAGCGACGGCUUCCCAGGUGGAAUCCCCGGCCCGCGAACCAGCACCACCACCUGGAGAACGUGUCAACCGCCCUGCAGGCCAUCGAGGCCGACGGCGUCAAACUCGUCAACAUCGGUAAUGUAGACAUCGUUAAUGGAAACCUUAAACUGAUUCUUGGAUUAAUAUGGUCACUUAUUGUUCGCUACCAAAUUGGAAAAUCAAAAUUCCCACCGCGUAAACUCAUGCUAGCUUGGCUUAAGGCAGUGUUACCAGAAUGCCGUGUCAAUAAUUUUACAACAGAUUGGAAUUCAGGUGUUUAUUUAAGUGCAUUAUUAGAUUACUGUAAGCCUGGUUUGUUUCCUCAUUGGCGUCAAUUGGAUCGUACUGAUAGUGUUUACAACUGUCGAAAAGCAAUGGAAAUUUCAAAACGUGAAUUUGACAUCCCAGUAGUAUUAGAACCAGAAUAUCUAGCCUCACCAUAUCUCGAUGAGCUCUCAGGGAUGACAUACCUGUCUUAUUUUAUGAAGGAAGGUUCUCCAGGUUUCUAUGCAACACUACGUUGGGUUAAUUCACAAUUAACUCAUGCUCCUGUCAGAAAUUUUACGACUGAUUGGAACGACGGCCGAGCACUGUGCAGCAUAGUCAGAAAUCUUGGAGGUCCAGCGCCGACGUACGACAAAAUAAAGACAGACCCCAAGUACUGGGAGUCGAACCUCCAGCAGGGAAUCGACGGGGCGAAAAAGCUGGGCGUCGAGCCGAUCUUGAAAGCCAAGGACAUGGCAGACCAAAACGUAGAGCAUUUGGGAGUUAUGGCUUACGCGGCCCACUUCCAGUGGGUAAAGCCUCGUCCUCAGGCCAGCGAGCAGCUUGCAGUACACGUAGACAGCACUUCUGCCCGCGUUCAGCAGCCAGCGGUAUUCCGUUUGGAGAUGCUGUCGAAAGAAGUACAUCCACGUGAAGUUCGUGGUGAGAUAAUAAGUCCAAGUGGGAAAAUAGAAUGUCGUCUCACUUGGAAUGGUACACACGGCAAGGGUACAUUUGUACCGACCGAAGUAGGAAUGCACAAGUUGAUGGUGUACAAUGAUGGGGAGCUCGUCAAUGGUUGUCCCUAUUACUUCAGGGUUUUACCUCCGUUAACGAAAAUAAAAUCCCCCGGCAUGGAGCCAUGCGCUAUUGGCUCUAUUGUCGAGGUUCUAGUCAACAGUUACGGAACUAGUCAUGACGGCAUUGACGUGACAGCAUGGUCACCGACAAAUCGUUCGCUUCCCUGUCCGGUAAAAGAAAAUAGCGGAGUGCAUACCGCGACAUUUCAGCCUGAUGAAACCGGUGAAUGGAGUAUCGCUAUUACACAUAAAGGUACACACAUACAAGGCGGUCCAUUUACUUGUUUCGUCUUUGAUCCAAAUGGUAUCAAGCUAAUGGAUACAGAAGGUGCAAUACCCGGCCAACCAUUUUCAUUUAUAGUCGACGCGACGGGUACAGGUGGCCUGGGAGACGUCAACAUCGACAUAGUCCAUGACAAGCAAUCGGUACCAUUCCGAAUGGAAGACAUCGGAAGAAUGCGCUACCGAGUGUUUAUGGUCCCGCGCGAAGCGGGAAAAUACCGAGUAUAUUUAUACUUCAACGGGUCUGACGUUCGCGGCUCGCCGAUAUCAAUCCGAGUUGGCUCUCACAAGAGCAGAAGGUCUAAAGAAGCCUCAUCUAGCUACGAGAGGUCAAAAGUUUCUUCUUUAGAAAAAAGAAUGAACGGGCUGAACGUGACCGAUGGGCAAAAACGACAGUCGCCAGUCUACAAGAGUUCCUCGCAGAGUCCUACUCAAAACUACCGGGACUAUCAUCACCAGUCAUACAAAACGAAUUACAUGACUGAGAAUUCAAACUCGUAUCAGGUACCGAGUCCUUUGCAGGCUUCGAGAUCUCCUGUCCAGAACUCGAGUCCUUCGUUGAUCAAAGAGUCUCGGGAAAUUUACUCUUCGACGACGUUCAACCGCUCAAGGUCCCCGGUGAAUGUCGCACAGAGCCCCAGUUUAAUCAAGGAGUCCAAGGAUGUAUAUGCUUCUAGCUCGCUCAAGAGAUCACGGUCUCCUAAUUUACGAGACUCCCACACCACAGCUUCCAGUAGUGUUAUCAAAGAGUCCAAGGAUAUUUAUCAGUCGAGUACGUUGAAUAGAUCACGGUCACCAGCUGUCAGUCCUAUUAAUCGCAGCUUUAGUCCCAGGGUCAAUGGAAAAGAUCUUGGGCGAAGACGUGGAUCUGCUGAUAGUGGAGUCAUUGACACUAGCAGCAACGUACGAGUGUCGUCAACUUUGGGAGGAACUCCAAGGAGAGACUCCUGGGACGCGAUAGCUAAAACGAAAGCCAUGCUGUCUUAUGGAAGCCUCGAGUCAUUGGCAAACCUCGCGAAUUCGGGAACCGAGCACACGAAUUUUGUAAACGAGGGGUACCGCAACGGCUACAACAACUACUCCUCGACAACGAACGUCGAAAGAACGGUAGAAAACUCGAAAAAUUACACAACUCGUUUCACCAGCGACUACAGAUCUUCAUCGCCCAAGUACAAUGGCAACCACACCAUGGAGAACGGACGUAGUCACACCCACGGUAUCUUGAAAAAUAGAAACAACAACUAUUACAAAUCCACCGACACAACGGACAUUAUCCACGAGCGAUUAAUCAACAACGAAGAGUUUAUGAACACGACGGAACGUCGUAAAGGUUGCUUAGCUUCUGGAACAGCGCUUGAUGUUCUGCCGCUUCAUAAACCCGCUUCGUUUACUCUGGAUCCGAGUGUCGACGGCAGCAAGGCUGUUGUUACUGUUACUGGACCUCGGGGUAAACAAAUAUCCUACAAGAAAUCAACUCUUCGAGGGUAUACGUAUACGAUAACUGCUGAAGAAGUUGGAGAACAUACUAUUCAAGUCACUGUUAAUGGUCAACACAUUAAAGGAUCACCUUUUAGAUCUCAAGCUUACGAUGCAGCUGCAAUCCAUGUAGAUAAUGUACCAGACGGAGUAGUUAAUCAACCUGUUGAAUUUGAAAUCGAUGGUUCCAGAGCUGGCUCAGGAAACUUAGAAAUUCUAGUAAACGGCGGGCAUGUAACAAGUUUCGUAAAGGCCCUGGGUAGUCAUAGAUUUUUAGCGUCAUUUGUACCUCAUGAGGCAGUAACUCAUCUCGUGGAGAUGACUUUCAAUGGCGAAACUGUGCCGGGAUCACCUUGGAGAGUUAACGUAAUGCCUGGACCGAAGAUGUCGGUCUUGGGGGACUCAGUAAGGCUAGUACCUGCUGGUACUCCGGCCUUAUUUGAACUCUCUGCCCUUGGUUUCACCAGCAAAGAAAUAGACGUGCAGAUAAUAACACCAUCUAAAAGACACAUAACAGCACGUGUUGAUGAAGAACCAGGGCGCACAGGUGAAUUCCGGGUGGAGUUUACGCCAACAGAAGUGGGUAGUCAUCUGGUGGAGGUGAGCGUCGCGGGACAAAAGCUACCGGCUGGACCCCUCAUCGCAAAAGUCUAUAACAGCAGCCUCAUCCAAGUUACUGACGUACCCAGUGCCGUUGUUGGACAUGCCUGCCAAUUUAGAGUUGACGCUAGCGCUGCUGGCGAAGGCCAGUUAGAAAUAUCGAUAAACGAAGGAGAAGUGCCAAAUCACGUCCAAGUAGUAGGUGGUGGUCGUUGCCUCGUGUCAUUUACGCCUGAAUCAGCUAAGCCUCAUUACAUAGACAUUAAAUUCAACGGCGAAGCUGUGCCAGGUUGCCCUUUUGUCUGCAAUGUUUCCGAUACAAGUCGGGUGAUUCUUAGCUUAAGUCACUUGGAAUUAAUACCCGUCGAUCAACCGGCUAAUUUUCAUAUGGCUGUUGAUGGAAGUGGAAGUGCUGAACUUGCUGUUUCUGUUCGUGGACCAACGAUAGAAUUACCAGUAAAAGUAACAGGAAAUAUUCUCAGUGGAUUUACCGCUGAAUUUACACCCCGCGAUGUUGGUGUUCAUUCAAUAAGCGUUGAGUACAAUGGUCACCCAGUAAACGGGACUCCGUUUCUAGCAAAGGCAUUUAAUGCUGAUAAAGUAUUAAUCGGGCCAGUUGCUAGAGGAAGCGUCGGUCAACCAACGCAUUUUACUGUGGACGCGAGUCAAGCAGGCGAAGGUAAUCUUGAGAUAACGAUAUCAGCUCGGGGGCAAAACAUACCCACGCAAGUAACUCCCCAGGGCAACGCACGUUUCUCUGUGAGCUUCGUGCCAUUCGAGGCGUGCGAACACGUGAUAAACAUCGCGUUCAACAAACGAACCGUCCCCGGGUGCCCGAUAGUCACCCGGGUCGGCGGGGAUAGCCAUGUCACUGUAAGUGGUCAGGCAUUGAGUAGCGCUGGCUUGGGACGUCAGAGUCAUCUGACUGUCAGCAAUGUUGCCGGUAGCUUGGAAGACUUAGAAGUUAACGUUGAAGGACCCAAUGGACAGGCCGUACCAGCGCAAGUCACCGACAACAAAGACACAACUUGCACUGUUGCAUUUACGCCUCGCGUUGUCGGUGAGCACAGAAUAACUGUGAGCCAUCGUAAUAUUCCAGUUGUUGGUAGUCCGUUUAGUUGUAAAGUUUACGAUGUCACGGCUAUCAAGGUCAAGGAUGCCAAAAGAGGAGUUAUUGGAAUGCCAGUUACAUUUUUAGUGGAAACAAGUCAAGCGGGACCAGGCAAUUUGGAAGUUACUGUUAAUGGAGGAAGAGUUCCUACUUCUGCUCAAGCGCAAGGUCCUCAUACAUACGCAAUAUCAUUCACACCCCGUGAACCAGUUAUACAUACGGUUGAUUUGAGAUUCAACAGUGAGGAUGUUCCUGGUAGUCCUUUUAGUUGUCAGGUGAGCGAUACUGCAAAAGUAUUGAUAACUGAAGGCUUAGAAAAAGUAUCAGUAAAUCGUCUAGCGACAUUUACUAUCGAAGCUGACGCUUCUCUGGGCACGCCGAUGGUCGAAGUUUUGUCUCCUACUCGUGAAAGUCUGCCCGUUCAAAUAAAACAAAGCGUACAUGGGUCUUACACCGCAGGAUUUACGCCAACUGAUGUUGGCGAUCAUAGUGUUGAAGUGAAACUAGGUGGAUCUCACGUUGAAGGAAGUCCUUUUCUGGUUAAAGCCUACAACGCCAAUAAAGUUAAAGUCACUGAUAUCAACAGUGGCGUUGUUGGGAAGCCUGUUUUUUUUAGUAUCAAUGCCAGUCAAGCGGGAGCUGGAAAUUUAGAGAUAAUUGUCGCAGUAAAUGGAAAAAAUGUUCCAAAUUACGUGCAGAGUGAAGGUAACGCUAAAUUCCGAGUGAAUUUCAAGCCCCAGGAAGCCGCAAUGCAUAGCUUGAGCGUGAGAUUCAACGGAGAGCCGGUGCCAGGUUCUCCGUUCAGCUGCAAAGUAGUCGGAGCUGGACAGACAGUAAUCACAGGAAACGCUCUGAAGAUGGGGGCUGUUAAGCAAUUGAUAUCAUUCACCGUAGAUCCUCAGGCCCUUUCGACGAACUGUGACGUAAUAGUGACUCCGCCUUCGGCGAUAGCGCUGCCGAUAACAAUUGAGCCGGUGGAAGGCAAGUACAACAUAAGCUUUACGCCAACAGAAGUCGGAAGACACAACAUCAGUGUCCUGGUGGACGGAGACUCGAUAAAAGGCUCUCCGUUUGCUUGCAACAUCUACGACGUCACCAAAGUCCACGUCUCGGGGCUGACCGAAGCAAGACUCGGCCAGGCGACUACCUUCACCGUCGACGCUGCUGAAGCUGGGGAAGGAACUCUCGAACUGGUAGUCAGCACUGAUAAUAACACCGUCAAAGCCGAAGUGGUAGCUUGCGCUCGCGGGCUCUACGACGUCACUUUCGUGCCCCAGACCACCUCUACCCACUACGUCAAUAUCAGCUUCAACGAUGACAAUGUUCCAGGCAGUCCUUUCAAGUGUCCAGUAAUUGGAGGUGGUCUUGAUGGACCCACUGUUAUUCGCGUAGGAAAUACCGCGUACUUGGAUCUUGAUAUGCCAAGACUAGAGGGCCCUGUUUCCGCAGAAGUUACUGGGCCUGAUGGAAUUAUUAGUCCUUGCACUUUGACCAAGUUAUCCACUAGCUUGUAUCGUGUUGAAGUUCGCACCAGGAUGGUUGGAAUUUAUAAUAUUAUUUUUAGUGAUGGGCAUAAAGUUAUCAGUUCUCAGACCUUACAAGCUUUCGAUCCAAGCAAGGUUACUGUUAAAGAAAUUUCUGAUGCUAUUUGUCAUCGUCCUGGUACUAUUGUCGUAUUGGCAUCCAAAGAAGCCGGUCCAGGAAAAUUAACCGCAACAGUCCGAGCCGGAGGAAUUGACGUCGACAACGUAGUUCGAGAAGCAGACAACGGAAUUUACGAAGUUAUUUUCCACCCGACUCGAGCAGCGCCCCAUCGCGUUCAUAUAAAAUACAACGACGUUCAUAUACAAGGAAGUCCACUGGAAGUCGCGGUUCGCGGUCCAACAGGUGGUCGCGAGGUGACGGCAACCGGUCUCGGUUUGUACCAAUCCUGCGUUGGAAAAGUUACGUCAUUUACUAUCGAGACACUGGGCCGUCCAGGCAAGGAGUUUGAUGUUGUAAUCAGCGGGCCUCUCGGUAACGCAGUACCUGUUCGUUGUUAUCAGCAUCGCGAUGGCAAUCUACUAGCUGAAUUUACUACCAAUUCAAUCGGUACUUAUAAAAUAGACGUACUACAAGGCGCUAAGCCAGUACUGGGCUCACCGUUUUUCUGUCAAUCAUUCGACCCAGCUAAAGUUAAAUUACAGGAACUGGGACCAACAACCGUGUCGGUUCAUGAUCGUAUUGCUUUUAAACUCGUCAAGUCCGAAGCUGGUAUCGCGGAUUUAGAUGUAACUGCGACGAGUCCGCUGGGACAGGAAUUACCGCUUCAAGUAACCGCGCUCAACGACGGUGCUGAGAUGAUUGAAUUUUCACCAAGUGUUCCUGGCUCUUAUAUGAUUAAUGUUACUUAUGGUGGUUGUCCAACAUCAGGAAGUCCCGUAGUAUGUACAGUAGAAUCAGCCGGCCAAGCGCGAGCGAAAGGCGAGGGUCUUUUAUCAGGACACGUAGGCAAACCAGCCCACUUCAUAGUAACCGGAACAAGAAGCCCGCCAGCCGUCCAAGUAGACGGUCCAGACAGUAUUUCAAAGCCUACAAUAGAAGCAGGGGCGAACCCGGGUACCUGGAACGUCUCGUACAUUCCCUCAGAAGUAGGAGUCUUCGACGUGCGGGUAGUCUGCGCAGGCCAGCAGCUCCCGGGGUCUCCGUGGCACCCGAAGAUCAUCGACACGCGAAACCUCCGAGUGAUUGGAGGCUGGGCAGCAAUUUGCGAUGAGCUGGGUCGCUUGAAGAUCGGCUCCAACAGCAAGAUAAGCUUCGACACAGCAGAGGCUGGUCCAGGAGAGCUGACCGGGUCGAUCGACGAGCGGCCGUUGACCUUCGAGAUGACCUCCAACAACCGGCUGAAGCUGGUACCUCCCCAACUGUCUGGAGGCGAGCAUCACAUGGAGAUUCUAUUCAACGGAACGCCCUUCCCCGGAGCUCCCAAACUAGCCAUCAUCCAGGAGCAAGAGCCAGUCAACGACUCCAGCCGUGUGAUGCUCAGAGGCAGAGGACUCACCUCGGCCAAAGUGGGCGAGGAAGUUAGCUUUACUAUCGAUGGAUCCCAAGCUGGCUCCGGUACGCCGAAAGUCCAGCUGUUUUCGCCCACCACCGAGAUCAACGUGGUGCUCCAGCACCUGGGAGACAGUGUUUACCGCGCGAGCUACAUUCCUAUGUCUCCCGAGUCUCUACUGAUGACUGUCUCCUGGAACGGACGACAAUUGAAAGGCUGUCCGCUGCAAAUAAGCGUUACCAGCGCUGCUGAUGCUUCCAGGGUCAUUUGCUCCGGCGAUGGCCUCAAAAACGGAAUUGUAGGUCAAGAAAUUCGGAGCUUCAUUGACACCAGGCGAGCUGGACCCGGAGAACUUACUGCUCACUGCGUUGGACCCCAUAAAGUUGCCUACUGCGAGCUCUACGAUCACGGAGACGCGACUUUUACGCUUAAUGUUAAACCUCAAGAAGCCGGAAGACACGCUUUGACUAUCAAGUACGCUGGAGAACAUGUUCCUGGGUCACCUUUUACUUUGCGUGUUUCUGGCGCUCCAGAUGCUUCUAAGGUACGAGUUUACGGACCCGGUAUUGAACACGGAGUUCUAGCGACCUUCCAAUCCAGAUUCAUUUGCGACACUCGCGGAGCUGGUGCUGGACAACUUACUGUUCGUGUUCGCGGACCCAAAGGCGCUUUUCGGGUAGAAAUGCAGCGAGAAACCCAAAAAGACAGGAUUAUUCUCUGUCGGUACGACCCGACUGAACCCGGCGAUUACAGAGUCGAAGUACGCUGGGCAGGUGUUCUUGUUCCUGGGUCACCUUUUCCUGUGCGUAUUGUCGAUACACAGGAUGAAUUAUUGUUGUAUACACAGGGCGCGGAUAAUUAUUCAAGAGGCCAUCAUACAAUAUCUUCUUGGCGUGGAUCUCAGGCAAUUCUUUAACCAACCAUCUUCCACGCCGCGUUAAUAUUUUUUCUACAACUAAUAAUAAUAUUAUAAAUAUAUAUAAUAAAUUUUAUCAAAUAACUUAUAUAUAAAUAUAUAUUUUAAUUAAAAAUUUUA